GACGGAACUUUGCUCCAUGAGAAUUGCAUCAGAGGUUGAAGAGAGCAACGCAAAUAAAACCUGUCAUUGGGGAUUCAGAAUUCACUCAUAGCGCCUCUUUUAAUAAACUUCUUGCUGAGGCACUUGAACAACUUGAGCCGAAGCCAGGCUUGUAUAAACGCAGCUGAUGUCUGCGGGCUGAGAGAGGGGGAAAGAGGCGCCCAACCCAUUUCUUUUGUGCUGAAGCGCCUGUGAUUUCAUUCAGCUUUUCCCGGGCUGCUACUAUAAUGGGCUCCCUCGCUUUGAAUCGCUCUUGUAUCCGCGACUUGUUUUCUGCUGGUUAAACUAGAGCAAUCUUUUUAGUUGGCAGUAGUUUGAAGCUUGGGAACUGGCUGAUGAAAUUUCUCGCCGAGCAUCUGGACGGGUUCCAAUGAAAAUGCACGGGAGAAACAGGUACAACCUGGUGGACGAUGUGGCGGAUUCGCGAGUCCCGCUUCACAACGAGGAAGCGUAUCAACACGGAAUACACUUCCAAGCCAAGUAUGUUGGCAGCUUGGAUGUCCCAAGACCCAACAGUCGAAUGGAGAUUGUCGCUGCUAUGAGAAGAAUCAGGUAUGAGUUCAAAGCAAAGAGCGUGAAGAAGAAGAAAGUGAGCAUAGUGGUUUCCGUAGACGGGGUCAAAGUGGUGCUGCGCAAAAAAGCCAAGAGGAAAGAGUGGACAUGGGAUGAGAGCAAGAUGCUGGUGAUGCACGAUCCCAUAUACAGGAUCUUCUAUGUAUCCCAUGAUUCUCAGGAUCUGAAGAUUUUCAGCUACAUUGCUCGUGAUGGAUCCAGCAACUCGUUCAGAUGCAAUGUAUUCAAGUCCAAAAAAAAGAGUCAGGCCAUGCGGAUAGUGCGGACGGUCGGUCAGGCGUUUGAGGUGUGCCAUAAGCUGAGUCUGCAGCACGCUGAGCAGAAUGCAGAUGAACAGCCAGACGGCCCUGCAGACGGCCAGAGCGAUCAGUCUGGAGAAGAGCCCAGCCCUGAAGCUCGUCAGCUGACAGGGAUGGAGCACGGAAUGGAUGAUGUCCCUGGAACGGAGUCACAUUCCACAAAGCUCAGUGAGCAGGCUAUGGAUGACAUUCUUCAGAGUCUGUCAGAGCUCAACAUGGCAAAACCUGAACAAACCCUCCAGUCUUUACAAGACCUGGAGGGUGUCUCUCUCUACACGCUAUCUCCCAGCAGCCCUUGCUCUCCUACUCUCACACCUUUGGCCACCCAACACCACCUGCAGUUACUCCAACAACAGCUGCUACAGCAGCAACAACAAACACAGAUCGCUGUUGCACAGGUGCAGCUCCUGAAGGAUCAGCUGGCCGCAGAGACGGCUGCCCGCAUGGAGGCUCAGGCCAGAACUCACCAGCUGCUGCUGCAGAACCGAGACUUACUGCAGCAUACAUCCCUGCUGGUGAAACACCUCAGCCAACUGGAGAUCAGAGUCAGUGGAGCCACACAGAAAGAAGAAUCACCAUGGAGUAGCGUGCCCCCUCGUUCUCUCUCUCUCAACCUGAAGAACUUCUACACCCCUCACUCAGACCAGCCCGUCACCUCCACUCCAGCAGGACAGCCAGAAAACCCUCCUUUUUCCUCCCACGCUGAGUCCUACCUCAAUCUGCUCAACCUGCAUGGUGCUCCCACCAUUACAGCCAAUGGAAAGCCAGCGAGUGCGAGAAGUGAAGCGGGACAGGACGCAGCAGGAAAGGAAGUUGCAAAGCUAGAAACUCGGAAUUCAACGGCACUUGAUGAGAGGUAA